CUACUCAGUAAACAGCUAGGCUAAACACAUCCAGCUACUUUAACUGUUUUCUAUGUGUAUUAAAUUGUGCGUUAAAAGAUAUUAUGGUAAUUUUAAAAAUUUAUUUUCCGACAAAUCUUGUUUUUAAAAUGUCCUCCUGUAUUAAACUAUCUGGAGCACGUCAUUAAUAGUAAGGUAGUUUAGCCAAAUGAUGUUUUCAUUGUCCAUUGUGGAGCCAGAGAGUUGAAUGGCAGCAGUAACACAAACUGGGAAAAAUUAACAAUGAUAAUUCUGUUAGUUGUUCAAGGAAAAUAAAGCCUUGAUGACUUGCUCCUUUAUAGCCACAAUCAAAGUAAACCUGUGACUUUGUUUUUUGGGUCAGAAGUUUAUUUUAUAGCUGCGAUCUCUGCAGGGCAGUUUGGUGAGGCCUCCACUCUUUUCUACCAGUUGCUACUGUGUUUAUCUGCAUGGAGAUAACAUUGUGAUGUGUCCUUUGACUAGAAGCUGUCUGCCGGACGAUGAUUAACCACAGUAUUAUUAAUCUAAGCACAUUUAAAAGAAGGAAAUACAACAAUCUGUGUCGCUUCUGAUAAGCAGGGCACAAGGAUGCCCGGAAGUGAUACCUGGCCCGGUGGCACUGGACUGGACACGACGCCCGGCAUGGACAGUGCCGGCAGCUGUGACAGUGUUGUCAGUGCUAAUUCUGGCUUUAGCGAUGACAGUCUGGGUCAUCUGUCUGCUGAGGAGAAGGCUUGCCUCAUGUUUUUGGAGGAGACUAUCGAGUCUUUGGAUACUGAGGAGGACAGCGGGCUGUCCAACGAUGAACCGGACCAACUGCCUGGACCUGGCAACGUUGCUACCAAACUGGCUGAUCUAUCAGCCUCCAUGAGUAACAACAAGCUUAAUGGCUCUGGGAAACCUGUGUCUACAGAGCCUCUAAAGAAAGAUGUUGAUGCCAAACCUAUACAGAGCUACCUGGUACCUACACCUCUAGUUUUGGCAAGCAGCCCUCCACAUUCUCUACCCAGUAAACCGGGAAAUCCAACAGACAAGAACCUCUGUUCUAAGGCUCAGUUCACUCCAUCGAGCAACAAAAGCUGUGUUGCUCCUCCACUGCCGUUGGAGGUUAAUGUGGUGAUGCCUCCUCCAGUAAAACCCAAGGACAACUCAUUCAGAACCACUGAGGUCCCUUUACCCAGAGGACCUCUGUCCUAUGACGCACUUGUUCAUCUGCGAAGGAGUGCCUCUGCAAAGAAGACCCCGCUGUGUCCCACAGUUGAUCAUACAAUAGAGCAGCACAAGCUCCUUCCAGCCACAAAGGAAGACCACAGUGUAGGAAAGCUACCAAGAUCUGACAGAUCCCAUUUAGAUGUUUCCAAGCCCAAGGCCGGUCCACCAGCUGUGGCCCCUAAACCCAAGAGGAUUCCUGUCCACGUAUCAGUGAAAGCACUGAAUGAAGCAUCAGUCAUAACCCCAGACUUGUCAGACAGUGUGAGGGAUGCACCAGGUCCCCAGGUAGUGCGACAGGAAGCUCUGCAGAAAUUGGGCCUCUUACAGCAAGACGAGAUGGAAAACAAGAUGGUGGAUUCUGCGUCUCCUCCUAAAACCCACUUCUCGAACCCAAUGCCCGACCGGUUCACUAGAGGUCCACCUAAUGUUUACCCAUCAAGAAGCCCAUCAUUUUGUUAUUCUCAAGUGCCCACAGAGCCAAAGAACAGAUGUCUGCAGAGCAGCUCCAGUUUCCAUCAGUAUUCCAGCCACGACCACCAGCCUGCAUCUGUGCAGCCUCCUCCUCAAGUCAAUGGGUUGAAAGCAGCUGGUGUGGACCCCUCUGCCCAGACGGACAACCACCACCAGCAUCCAAACAGACGCGUGAGCCCAGCAGGGCCGACCAAAAGCGCCACAGCUCAGCCUGCCGCCCACAAAGCUUCCAACACAGUCCCGUACACUGUGAUGGUGGUGCCGGGGAUGGGGGCGGAUCGGAAAGAAGCGCUCCGAAAGCUGGGCCUGCUCAAACAAUAGGAUCCAUGAAGACUAGACGUGUGCCUGUUCUCUGUUCUGUUUACCAUCAGCUUAAAGAGUUAGAGCAUUAAGCAGGAUCUUGGCACGUGGGCAAAUGAAAGCAGAAGAGGAUAAAGGAGAAACGGGACAAUUUAAAGGGCAAUACCACUACUUUCAUUUGGGGAGUGGCCACAUACCUAUUAGAGGACACUUUACCCCCAAACUACAGUCUGAAAAUGUACCAUUCAAACCCCUGAGGUUGUUAUUACUCUAUUAUUCUACUCUAUUACUGUGCUUGCUGUCACCUCCACAUCAGAUGCAGCAUUAGAUCAUUGAAGGUUUUAAAUUUAGUGCUGCAUACACUAAUAUGCAGACUAUAUGAUAGAAACUUAAAUUAUAGAAAAAAGCCUUAUUGUGCACAGAUGUGCCUGUAAAUAAGCUGCUGGGUGUUUGGAGUAAAGUCUGAAAGUUUUGCUUUAAAAUUAAGAGCUGCACAAAGUAUUUUGUGGUGAUUUUUCAGUGUUUUCUAAACUAGUUAAUAAGAUCUAAUGUUAUUAGAUCAUUGAUUUGUUCUACAGUAUUUUAUACAGACAUGCAACUGCCUUUAUAGUAUAAAUAUUGGAAAUCUUUAAAGAAGUGUGAUUAUUUCUACAAACAGAACUCAUUGAUAAAACUGAAAUUAAAAGUUUUUUUAAA